AAAGUCAAAUGUGACGAAGAGAAACCAGCAUGUCGUCGAUGUGUUUCCACUGGACGUACAUGUGACGGUUAUGAGUCAGUGUUUCGGUCAUAUAACUACGGGCAUAAUAUAACUGCUCCUUCUCAAGCCGAUACCAUAUCUGUUCAACGGAUGUCUUUUCGUCAACUUCGGACCAUAACCUUCACAACUUCUGAGAUCAUGGAAGUCUCUCGUGGUCUUUCCACAAAGCCUCCCGCCGAAGGCGGAAUUGGGUUUGAAGCAGAGGCUUUGUGCAUUCUUCAAUCUAGCAUUCGCUCCCCUCCAGUCUAUCAGGCUCUAGCCUGUAUGCGUAUGUUUAGAAAAUUGCUAAUGGAACACGGAGAUAUCUCAUAUCUAAAGAAUGAUGACUUGUCUGGCUACCGCAGGAUCGUUACUGAAUACAAUAUUGUCGUGGCAAAGGUGAUUAAGCAGCUGUCCAGAAAUGAUUCACGAACAGUCGAGGUAGCGUUGAAUUGUUGCCAGUUGUUUAUUACCAUAGAUAUCAUGCUGCAGCAAUAUGCGUCGUCUAUCAGACAUUUUGCGUAUGGAUUGCAAAUCAUGAGAGCCUGCCGCACGCGACCACAAUUGGAUAGUGCCGGAGAGAAGAUUGUGCCGCCGAUACAACAGGGACUUGCCACUGUGGAUAUAUUUGUUAUCAAGCUAUUUACAGCACCAUGCCCUUACGUAGAGCACCUGAUGCGUGAGCUUCGCCUUGAAGAAAGGAAGAAAAUGCAUGCAGCCGACAAUUCAUCUCCAAACCGAAUCGAUUUCAUGACAUAUCGACAAACCCUAAUCUCGGUAGCGGCAGAAACAGUAUAUUUAUUAAACAGGGUGUCAUCAAUGACAUCUGUGCAUGAGGCAUUAGGGCUAAUCGAGGAGAAAAAAAGACUUCUUAUUAAAUUGGAGGGACUGGAUCGUUACAGUAAGGGCGGUGUGGUUGGCGAGGACGAAUCUCCUUUACGGAAGUUGAUGAGUCAUUUUCAAUUCCUCUACUCUUCCGUCCUGAGGGUAGUCCUGCAAUCUGUAUUGCUGUCCGCGCCUGUGGAUUCACCCCUAGACUUGGAUCUUACGCACAUGAUAUCUGUUGCGGAGUCUUUAGAGGGUGCAGCGAAUAACUACCUUAUACAAAGCCAAGCUUAA